CUUUUAAUUUCACUGCUCACUUUAAUAUUCGGAUUCAAUUCACCAAUAUGAGACCCUUAUCUUCUCUAUUAAAAACUAUAUAUUUCUUCUCUUUAAUUACCAAAAUAUAAAAUAUAAAAAAUUACAAGAAUCUAAUUCAAGCUUGCAAGGAAGCGAACAAGGACAGGUUAUGCACUGACAUCUUAGAGAGGGAAAUGAGAAGGAAUACAAUGGCCGGGAGUGCCUCCAUCACUUCCCAUACAAUGGAUGAUGAUCUUCACGUGAAGCUGCUAUACCUGGAGAACAGAGUGGCAUUUGCAAGAUUAUUCUUCCCUACUGAAGCCAAGCUAGCCAUGGACAUUGCACAUGCUGCACCAACACCAGAAUUUGCUGGUCUUGCUGCAUCAAAAGGUUCUGACGGGAAUUUGAGGGGGGAUGACCUAGAUGAGACACCAAUAAUGCAGAACAUAAGACUUCGUUCUAGGAUGGAAGCCCUAAUGAAAACAGUUGAAAUGGGCCGGCGAUACUUCCCCAAUUGCUCCGAAGUGCUCGAUAAGUUCAUGGAGGAUGACCUUCCUGAUUUGUUUUACCAUGAAAAGGGUACCCCAGAUGAACAAAGAAUAAAGAGGACACGUUUCAUGGAGCUUAAAGAGGAUGUUCAGGGGGCAUUUAUCAGGGACAAGGCUGAGAUUAACACCACUAAUUGUUGAGUGAAGCAAGAACAAUGAACCAUGCAGUCAUGGCAAGAUAAGGAGAGGAAUCAUAGCAUUGACUAAGAUAUAAGGAGCACACUCUCUUAAUUUAUUUAUUUUCUUUUAAUAAGGAGCACGAACCUUUUGCUCAUCAACUAUGAAUAUUGUGCUCUUUCUUGGAAAAACAAAAAACUAUGAAUGUUGAGUUUC